AUGCAUACCAUGGACACAAGCACGGGAAAUAUGACAUCAAUUGAAGACGUUAGUAUAUCUAUUGAGGAUGACGAUAUACACAACGGAUUUGCCAAUAUUUUAAGAAGAUUUAGAAUGGACUUUGGUAGUGAUGAUUUAAGGUCAAUUACCGCAGGUUUUAAGAUGAUCACCGUUAGUAAAUUGAUGAAAACCUUUGAAGUUGACCCGAAUAACGCAUCUAUAAACAAUUGGAUUUUAGAAUUCAAGUUUUGGAGUAUUUUGGAAGGUUUAUUAGAUGUCAAAUUCCAUCGAGACUUAUUGUGUGGUGAUGAUAAGAGGGAUAACUCUUCUGCAAACAGUGAGUUACCGAUUGAUCUGAAGAACCUAUGCGAAUAUUCAUCAGAGACCGUAAUUACUGAUCAAAUUAUUUCAGCAGAUUCAUCACUUCUACAAUUGUACACCGUCAUGAAAACGUUAUCUGAUACUUUUUCACUAGAUUUUCAAUUAUUAAACAGCGACAUUAAUAUGGAUAACCUAAACACUACGAAAUGGCUGGCUACUUUGAAUAAAAUAAAUUCAUUCAAUAGAGAUCCUAAAUUGAUCAAAGAGCUAGAUGCCGAUGCACCACUGCGUUCAAAUUUAGAGAUUGAUGAGGAUGAUAAAUCAAAUGAUGAACGAUUUUUCUCGAAAGCGUUUGAGCUGUUAAUAUCAAAUAACUUGGAAGAGUUGCAAGACUUAUGCCAAAACACCAAUAACUGGGAUUUUGCGUUGAUGAUAGCUGGAUUACAAGACAGGAUUGAUCCAGUUAUUGAUUUAGACGAUUAUUCAAACUCGACACGUCCUUCAGGUGUUAAAAAUAAACUGUUGAGAAAAAGAACUAUUUAUCAGCUAUUGCAAAAUGAAAAAAUGGGCUUGUAUGAGAAGGCCUGUUACUCCUUCUUAUCAAAUGACUUUGUUUAUUGCAAUGAACCAGUUGACAAUUGGGAACAGAAACUAUACCUCUAUUUAAAUAACUUACUAAAUAUCGAAGUUGAGAAUAAAGAACUAAAAAUCAUCAAAAGGUUAGGUUUUCAAACUAAUUUAAUUGAUAAAUUACCAUCACCGCCUAUCAUGUCCGAAAAUAUCAAUGAUAUCCUGAACAAAUUGAACAAUGAUUCUAAUUCAAACAUUAGAGAUCAGAGUAAGCACCCGAUUCGUGUGCUAAUUGGUUCUGUCAUAUCAGAUAACGUCCAAACUUUAAUGAAUAAUACCAUCAAAUCUAUUGAUGAUCUAAAUUCAAAUGAUGAAAUUAUGAAUGAUACUUUCAUAUUGAGAGUUUUAACGCAUUUAUCAAUUAUUUUGCAAUUAACCUACGGAGAGAAAAUCAUAUCAAACUACGACUACACGAAGUUAUUAAAAUGCUAUAUUUUAAGGCUAAUACUUUAUAAGAAGUAUGAACUAGUGCCAAUUUAUAUAUCGUUUAUUCCAAGUGAUGAAAUAAUCCAAGUUUAUUCACAUUUGUUGUUUCAAUUUGAUUAUGAAUCAACUGAUCGGAUCUCACAGAUUGAGAAUAUGCGGAAUUUGGAUCUGCCUCUGGAAAACAUACUUCGAAAGACGAUGGAAAUUGCAUUUAGAGAUACUGCAGAAUAUUAUCCAACGAAUGUCACAGUUCAACUGAUCUAUGAUGUUGAAGCAAUCGAUGAAAAGUUGUAUUCAACUAUUUUCUGGUUUAUUGAUGCCCAUAUGUAUAGUGAUUGUCUCGAAGUUAUAGUUAUUCUGCUACGUCGGUUUUUGUUGGUUGGUAAGAUUGCUAGUGCUAUCAAAUUUUUGGAGACUGUAUCAUUACCAAAGUUAAUUGAUAACUAUAAGUAUAAAGUAACAAUUAUUGAGGACGAUAAUGACGAGCUAAUUUUACCGGAUUUUAAGCUAUUGGAAUUGAGGUACUACAAUCAACUAUUUACCACUUUCAAGAAAUUACUGGAUAGCAAUGAUAAAGCAGAAGAUAUAAAUGUUGAAAAAUUUCAAGGAUUAGUCAAAUCAUUAAAUGCAAUAGUUAGGGAAUGGUUAUUCCCGCUAGUUAAUUACGAAGAUGAUGAAGUGUCUCAAGAUGAUGUUGAGACGUAUAAGGAGCUAAGAAGAAUAUAUUUACCUACCUUAUUCAAUGCAUUAUUUGAUUUACUGAUCAGUAAACGACAAUGGGGAAAGAAAAAUGUUAGAGAUGCAAUGGACUUGGUCAACUUAUUAGCAGAUGAGAAAUAUAAAUUGUAUGAAAUAUUCAACUCUACGAAUGAGCUUCAACCAUUCAUGGAAAAACUUUCCAAAGUUGGAUGUCAGUUAUUUGGGGAGUAUAAAGAAGGUGUUUAUGUAGAUAUAUAA